AACACGGAAUUAAAGUUGCACGGUGACAUAAGCAGCGACACGUGGAAGCGGUUCAUCGUGCUUCGCCUUGGUUUACCUGUCCAUCAGGACGAUCUCUAAAAUGGCAGCCAAUAUCCCUGCCGACAACUCCGAUCUAUCGGGGAUCCCAAGUCCGUUCUAUACCACAGAUGGUCAGGAAAAGCAGUACUUUGACGACUACGGUUCAGGGGAUCCGCCCAAGACCCUUCUCGAGCUGUCACUCAUAUCACUGUCCAACGCGCUUCGGAAUAAGCCCAACUGGACCUCCAAAAUUCACAACGAGGAAAUUGUGUCAAAAUGGCGGAAAGAAUUGGAUGCGCAAGGGGGUAUCGCAGAGGGCGCUUUUGAGUAUGUGCUCGAAGAGUUGAAGCAUGACGCUGUUCACGCACCCACGCGGUUUGGAGUUUAUGGUAUCCAUCUUGCCGAUAAACUCAUCUCCCCAGAGCUUGAGGCCAAGUUGGUAGAGCAGGUCAAAGCUCUGGAGAAUGUGCCUGAGCAUCGAAAAGAUUGGCAUCCAGGAUCAAACAAUCAGGUGCUGGAUCUUGUCCAUCCCUCUUUGUUCCCUCUAGUUAGCGACGUCACUCGAGGAUACACCGAAGAGGAAGCGGGGAAACUGACAUGGCAGCAGUUUAUGGGUGGGGGGACAACAGAAGCAGUCGCGAUUCAACCACUGCAAAAGGAUAGCUAUGGAGAAAAGUACUGGUAUUCUGAAAAGUUUCAAUGGCUUCCUAGCGAGUUUGUUGUCCGGGACGAUGGUACAACUGGUAUUACUUCCUACAUCAACAACCUUCAUCCCCGACUGCACAAACCGUUGUAUCAGACUAUAGCGGAGAUUUUUUCACGGUUUGUGCCCCUUUUCAACAACGUCUUGACGGACCUUCGCAAUCCCCGCGACAAUGUCAUCAAAGUAGACCCAUUUAAUUGGUACACUGGUGAACCCGAUCCUGACGAAUUAGACGAUGAAGCGUACGACGAAGCCCACGAAGAAUGGUGGAUGACUCGAACACCAAUAAGUCCCACUGUUCCGACCUAUCAGCCUCCUUCGCCUGCCGAGCGCGUUGUCACACUCAACAACCGCCGCCUUCAAGUUAUAGUCAAGCUUGCUUCUAUAUAUCUCACUCCCGAAAAUCCUACGUAUCCCGGUGGGGUGUGGCACGUGGAAGGUAUGAUGAAUGAGAAAAUCAUUGCAUCGGGUAUAUACUAUUACUCUGUUGAAAAUACGACACUAUCAUCACUCGGCUUCCGAGUGGCAGUCUGCGAACCCGACUAUGAGCAGAAUGACAACCGAGGUGUUGAAAUGAUAUACGGGUUGGCUGACGAAGAGGCUCUCAACCAAGACCUCGGCAGCAUUGAAACGCCUCAGUCCCGUUGCAUCGCCUUUCCAAACAUUUACCAGCAUAAACUCGACUCCUUUUCUCUUAUCGACCCAACAAAGCCAGGUCAUCGUAAAAUCCUCGUGUUCUUCCUCGUCGAUCCGUCCAAGCGAAUCGUCUCCACGAAGCGCGUUCCACCGCAACAGGAUGAAUGGUUCCGUCAUGAGGUGGCCGAUACUGUUGGCGCACCUUUCAGGAAUCUGCCCGAUUUCGUGACGGAAACUAUUGUGGAGAACGUCCCGGGGCGCAUGACAUUGAAGGAGGCCAAGGUAUUUCGGGAGGAGCUGAUGAAGGAGCGAAAGUAUUUUGUCGGCAAAAAUAACGACGAGAUGUUUGAGAGGCAGUUUUCACUUUGUGAGCAUUGAUGAUAAAAAUUUGGACUUUAGAUUGUAAGGAAAUGUGGAACUUGUUUGUGAGCAUCAGUAUUACAGGCGCAACAGAGAAAUCUGGUUACGCGGACUCAUAUGAAGGAGGUCAUUAAAAGCCUGACAGGUGGGCAGCUUAGAAAUUAUCACUAUAUAGCGGUGGGAAAAUACAUAGCUAUUGCAGCCAAAUUGAAAUAAACGCAUUUGAUAUAACAUGAUUAUGAAGAUAAACAAGAAAGAUGGGUC